GUUUGAAUCGUCUCUAUUUCUGUUGUAUGAUGGCAAGCGUUCAGAGACUCGUGCCAGCCAGUGGCGUUUACAGUCUAUUGUUGUCCAUGGCCUGAGUGUUGGAGCUGGAAUUCUCUACGUUCGAUGAAUUUAAUAAGGUCGCGACACCUUCACAAAGCAUAAAGUAUGGAGCAGAGUUGGCAAAUUAUGCUUGUGGUUUUUCUGCUCGCAAUCUGCAGCCUGUUGUCUGUUGGUAACACCAGAAGUCUGGCAUCUUUAAAGCACAAAAUAAUGAAGAGAUCUCUGUAUGAGGAGACAUGUCCGCCACCAUACAUCAUUGAAGUAACAGAGCAAUGUAAUGACUCAUGUCGGGGAGAUGAUUACUGUGUAGGAAAUAAAAUGUGUUGUUACGAUGGCUGCUCGUAUGUCUGUAUGGAUCCUGUACCCUCAGAACCAGUUGUUGACUGGAAUGAAGACGAUAGUGUUCCACAAUUCAAAGUAGAAGAAUUGGAGGUUGUGACACCUGUCGUGGAAGAACUAGGAUGUUUUUAUCAUGACAUGUUGUUAACCAACGGCGAAAAAAAGCCAUUUGAUUGCAGAGAAUGCACUUGUUUCAAUGGGAAUCUGAUGUGUGAUGUAUCAAAAUGCAACAAAGAUUACCAAGCCCGUCGCUCUUUCCAUGUCUCGGGGUCUGGCGACGAUAACGAUGACGAUGACGACGACGGCGAUAACGACAUAAGAGGCAAAGGGUCUGGGAACAGCUUUUUUCCAGUCGUCGAUGGCGUAGAACAGAAAGAAGACUUCAUACCUUUUAGAGAACUCGAAGAAACAAAAGCAUUUGAUUCAAAAGGUCGCUUUACGACUUUAGGGCCAGAAAUCAGCGGUGGUGGUGGCGAUACGAGCGGCGGAGAAGGCGUAAAACAGAAACCUAGGUUUAUAUCUAUUGAAGAACAUGAAAAUCAACAAAGAGAAGAUAAGGAAAGGAAAGGGCUCGAACAGUUUUUAGGGCCAGAAAUCAACGGUAGCGAAUCGAGUGGCGGCAAAGGCGUAAAACAGAAAGAAGACUUCAUACCGAUUGAAGAAUUCGAAAAUGAAGAAGCAGAAGCAUUUGAUUCAAAAGGGCGUGUUACGACUUUUGGGCCAGAAAUCAGCGGUGGCGAAUCGAGCGGCGAAGAGGACGAGGUCAGUGGAUCAGACAGGGACAAUCUCAUUCCAAUUGACGAGGAAAGAACUACAGAACAAAGCGGUGACAAUAAAGUUUCACUUGCCAGACUCUAGUAAGACCUUUCCUCUCGGACAUACAAUCUAUAGCGAUAGGAGCCAUAUAGGGUAACGGCACGUCACGCACCGCAUUAAACAUUACGGUCGGUGGCGAUUCAUUAGUCGUUCAGGGGAAUGCGUGACUCUACUGUCACGCACUAUUACGGCCAACAUGACUUUUACUAAUAGUUCUUUAAAUCAACAUCUGUACCCAAAAAGUAGAGAAACAUAGGUUACGUGUGUCACGCCAUGUAAAUGGUGAAACAGCGUAAGAGUUCUGUUCAAGUGAAAGUAUAUUUCUCAGAAGCUGAGUUUACACAGAGUAUGCGGAUUAUCGCAGUCAUCUUUAGGAAACUAGUUUUCCAGUCACUGACCAUAGAAACACGUUCUAAACAAUUUGAAUAGUCGACGAGAUGUAAAUAUAAAGUAUUCGAAAGUAGUGAGAACAAUAUUCAAUAAAAUAAAAAAACUGCAAUAAAGUCAGUGCAAAGAAGCAGCAUAAUUUCCUUUCAAUUGAGGUUGUCUUUACUAAGAAAGGAUGAAAUAAAAAGAAAUAAAAUCGGUCACAAGCGCAAAA